AAACCAAGGCGGAUAAUUGCAAAAGAAAGUUUUCACCAUCGGCCUCGGCAUAAAAGAGGAUUUCAUCGAGCCGGAAGCAAACAGUUGCCUUCAACGAUAGCCACCGAAAUGACCGAGUUUGUUGCAAAGAAAGCCAUCCUGCUGCUCUCCCUGCUCCUCCUGGGCACGGUGCAGGCCAAGCCACUGGAUGUGGAACAGCAACAUAUCGAGGAUCAGCAUGUGCGUAGGGAGCGGCAGCUGAAGAUGGCCGGCUCAACGGAUCCAGAUGUCAAGAUGGUGGCCAACGUGACUCCAGCGACCGCAGCUCAACCCAUGUCCAUGACCAUGGGCGUGCCGAUGAACCAGAUGGCCCUGAGCUCGGUCGGUGGCCAGCUGGUGAGGUAUCCCAACUAUCCGGGUCUGAUCUACCCUGGCCUUGCACCGGCACCAGGCCUGAGUGGCGUUCCCGGUCUGCAGACGAACAUUGCCAACAACUAUCCUUCGUAUCCGGAUCCCAAUCUGGCUGGUUCAGUUCCUGGCUUCAAUCCCUUUGGCUCCUUCGGCUAUCCAGGCGCGGCACCCAUGUACGGAAACCCCCUGCCCAUGCUGCCCAAUGGAUUUGGGCCCAGUCCUGCCGUAGACAACUUCCAAUCGGUGAACCAUAUUGUCAAUAUGGCCAACGUUCAGGGAUUGGCUGGCGGCAAUUCCGGAAUUUAUCCAGCACCUCAAGGAUUCGGUGGCGUGAGCCCGGCUCUAUAUCCCGCCCCGCAGGGAUUCGGCGGAGCCAACCCGGCACUGUAUCCAGCACCGCAGGUCAACAUGCAAGGAUUGUAUCCACCAUCCGGCGGCUUUCUGGAGCGCGUGAACAUGCAGGCCUAUGCGCCAGGCUUUUAAAUGAGCUUUAAACUGCAUACCUCAUAAGCUAAUUUAUUUUAUUUAUUUUCGAUAAAUACACGAACAUUUAUA